CCUCAUAUUUUAGUUCAUAUGGGUCCGGAUACAUUAGCGCGUUAUGUGAAAGGAUAUCGCUUAGAUCCUGAAUACAAGUCGAGGUACAAGGAGCUACAGAAGGGAGAGAACGUAGCGACUUGGGACGCAGGGAAGCGAUUUUACAAGGAUGAACGAGGCCUGUUAUUUUUUCGAGACGCUAAUUUCCAGCCUAGGCUAUGUGUACCUAUCAGUGAGAGAGGCACCCUCCUCGCUGAAGCACAUGAAUCUCCCUUCGAGACUGCUCAUGCAGGUGCG